UUGUUUCUCCCAUUUCCCUAUUAGUUCGCAUUGCCUGCCUGGUAUCUCGCAACUCCAUCACCCUCUUCUCUUCUCUUUCGACUCUUGCCGCAGCAAACCAAACCAACCUUGUUUCUUUCUACUGAAUCACUCUCCUCCCCUCUCCUUCCUAUUAGUAUUCUUUAUAUUCUCUCUCUACCUAUAUUUUCAUUCUCAAUUUCACUCAGAAAAACCCUUCAACCCCUAAAUUCGCGCUCUCUCUCUCUCUCCCCCCUUCAUCGCUAUCACGAAGUUGGGGGCGUACUCUUCGAAACUCCGCUCCUGCUUUUCAGGUGAAAAUUUUGGUGAAAAGAUGCCAGACAUGCAGGCCCAUGUUAAUGAAUUCCUUGUAAAGCUUAGAAAGCGUAAAAUUGAGGGUUCACAGGCCACCGCAAAACUGACAGCUGAGUUACUCCGGUCGGUGAUUUCGCAGCAAAGAGUGCCCUACUCUAAUCAAGCUGGAGCUUUGGUUGAUGCAGUUAAGGCUGUUGGAGAACAGCUCAUUGCUGCAAAUCCUGUUGAGCUUGCUGUGGGUAAUAUUGUGAGGCGUGUUUUGCACAUUAUUAGGGAAGAGGAUCUUUCUCUUACAACAGCAGCUAUGGCUGGGUUGAACUUAUCAUCUGUAAGUGACGAUGAAGAUGAUGCUGAACAUGAAGAGCAUCCAGUCCUAUCAGCUGCUGCUGUUGCUGCCGCUUCAAGAAGCACACUGCGCCCUCCUUCCUUGCAAGCACUUCUUGAGGAUUUACCUGAUGCAGCGGCUCUUCCUCGUACUUCUUCAUCUGGAGGUGAUUCUGAAGGGAAAAGCAAAUCUGCUGACAAGAGCUCAAGAAGUCGGAGGCUAAAGCACGAUGUCAUUGAAGCAGUAAAUGAGCUUAUACAAGAUAUCAACACUUGUCAUGAACAGAUUGCAGAGCAAGCAGUAGAGCACAUUCACCAGAAUGAGGUAAUAUUAACUUUAGGGAGUUCAAGAACAGUCCUGGAAUUUCUUUGUGCUGCGAAGGAGAAGAAGAGAUCUUUUCGGGUAUUUGUUGCAGAGGGAGCUCCAAGAUAUCAGGGGCACCUUCUGGCAAAAGAUUUGGUCUCUAGAGGUUUGCAAACCACACUAAUAACUGAUUCAGCUGUUUUCGCCAUGAUAUCCCGUGUGAACAUGGUCAUAGUUGGUGCUCAUGCUGUCAUGGCCAAUGGUGGGGUUAUAGCACCUGUUGGAUUGAAUAUGGUUGCCCUUGCAGCUCAAAGGCAUGCUGUUCCUUUUGUGGUGCUUGCUGGUAGUCACAAGUUGUGCCCUCUGUAUCCACAUAAUCCUGAGGUGUUGCUAAAUGAGCUGAGAUCCCCUUCUGAACUGCUUGAUUUUGGAGAAUUCUCAGAUUGCAUGGACUUUGGAAAUGGGACUGGUUCCCCUCUUCUACAUGUUGUUAAUCCAACAUUUGAUUAUGUACCACCAAAGCUUGUUAGUUUAUUUAUCACGGACACAGGAGGGCAUAAUCCAUCAUACAUGUACCGGCUUAUAGCAGAUUAUUACUCUGCUGAUGAUUUGGUAGUGCGGCGAAGACCUGUUAUUGGUAGCUGAGUUUUGCUCCUACUUUGUCUUACACAACAUGAUCUAAUUCUCUCAGGUGAGAAGAAGAACUACUUUGAUAAGAAUUAGAUGGGAGAAAAUCAAAGUUGGGACUUUCAUCCAUCUCAGUUUACAAUUGCCAAUGCUGGAACAUCUUCGAAAAAUUGCAGUUCGGGAGAUAAGAAGACCAAGUCUGCAACUUAACCACCACAAAGAAGACAACACUUCUGUUCAUGGCGGUUUAAGAAGCUUAGCCGUGUACUGAUAGAUUGGAUCAAGCGAAGUGGAAGAUAUUUUUGCCAAUUUGGAGAGUGAUUUUAUUUUUUAAUUUUCUUUUUAUAACAAGACAUACAUAUUGCAUAGAGACUGGAAAAAGUUGUUUGGUGGCUCAUAUUAUUUUUUUCCAUGCAGCGCUCGAAGGAUGGGUUGAAUUGAGUAGAUUUCAUUAAUGUCAUAAGGCUACUUGAAGUUUGUUCUGAAAAUUUUCUUGAAAAGAAUGAGGUUUUGUGGAACAAAAUCUACCAAUAUAUGCCUUUGGCGUGAAUGAAGCUUUUUUUGUUUU